AAAAGCCAGGUCCCUCCUACCAGGCUUCAUUCGUGGAUUUGGUCAGAGGUGUGAAUUCGCUUCUCUGGAGACUGGGUCAUCGUGGACUUUGAACCACUACUUAAAAGCAUAUUUUUUCUUCAAGUAAUGGACAUUUGAUUACUCUUUUUUUCCUCCAGUUUGCUCCCGAAGGAAAGGCUAGCCUGUAGCUACCACAGCCCCACCCAAAAGAAGUCUGUGUGAUACUAAACCAUGAAGUUUGACGUUAUAAACUUAUGAAAUAAGAGUUAUAAGUGCCUUUAAGGUACAGAACAAUAUAUCCGAGCCGCUGAGGACCUGUGUUUAAAAAUAAUAUGGCAGGGGGACCUGUGGACCCCAGGGAGAUUCUGAAGGGCGUGGAGGCUCUGUUGGGGAAGGAUGGGGAGCUGCGCAGCCUUGAGGGUGUCCCAAAAGUAUUCAGUUUGAUGAAAGCUUCCACCAAGAUGAUCAGUAGGUGUAUGUACCUGAAUAUUUUGCUGCAGACAAAAUCCCACGACAUUCUUAACAGGUUUAUCCGGGUUGGAGGCUACAGGCUGUUGAACUCAUGGCUGACGUACUCCAAAACCAGCAACAACACGCCUCUGCUGCAGCUCAUCCUCCUCACCCUGCAGAAGCUGCCUCUAAAGGUGGAUCACCUCAAACAGAACAACACAGCCAAGCUGGUUAAGCAGCUGAGCAAGAGUGCAGAGACUGAAGACCUGAGGAAGUUGGCAUCUGUGCUGGUGGAUGGCUGGAUGGCCACAAUCCGCUCCCAAAGUGCCUCGGGCAGUGGCGGCUUACCUGCUGAUAAAAAGAAGAAGAAAGAGGAGCAAAAGGUGCCGCUGCGGGAAGUGAAGGAAAAGACUGGAGAGGAGGAGAAGAAGAGGGAGAAAUCUAAAGCACAUGCACCCAGCCAUGCUAAGAUUCGCUCCAUAGGACUGGAGAUGGAAACUUCUAGUCCUGUUCCUGCUAAAAAGACGCCCACUGCUCCACAGCUGGGAGACAAGUACAACAUCAAGCCUCCAGUUCUCAAGAGGCCAAGCUCUGGUCUAUCAGACGCUCCUCAUCUGGAGAAGAAAUAUAAGCCCCUAAAUACUCCUUCUAACGCUGCCAAAGAGAUUAAAGUGAAGAUCAUUCCAGCACAGCCGAUGGAGUGUACUGGGUUCCUGGAUGCCCUGAACUCUGCCCCAGUACCUGGCAUCAAGAUCAAAAAGAAGAAGCCCAGCACAGGGAGCCCUGCUAAUGCUAAGGUUGCCUCCCCCACGUCUAACAAGGCGAGUCCUUUUGACACUAAGCCGCCUGCAUACACAUCACCUUCUGCUAAACCGUCAUCACCGGAAACUGGAGCGUCGACGACUCCCCCCGAGGAAAGUCAGGAGCCCGAGCAGCCUGGGACACCGGUUCCAUCCGAGGACACGGAGACCCCUGAUAGUAAUGGUGAGAAGCCAAAUGCUUUGGCAGAGCCACGAGGUGAAGAAGAAAACUUGACUAAAAAGGGAAAGAAGAAAAAGACAGUUCAUUGGGCUGAGGAGGAACAGCUAAAACACUACUUCUAUUUUGACCUUGAUGAGACUGAAAGAGUUAAUGUCAAUAAGAUCAAGGACUUUGGUGAGGCAGCUAAACGUGAGCUGAUGAUGGACAGGCAUACGUUUGAGAUGGCUCGUCGGCUGUCCCACGAUGCCAUGGAAGAAAGGAUCCCCUGGACACCUCCAAGGCCUCUGACACUAGCUGGCAGUCUGGUUACCCCAGGGACCAACUCCACAGAGAAACUCACCCAGAGGGACCGUGAGAUGGGCAUCCUACAGGAGAUCUUUCUCAGCAAGGAGAGUGUGCCUGACAGUCCCCAUGAACCAGACCCUGAGCCAUAUGAGCCCAUGCCUCCACGUCUUAUCCCUUUGGAUGAGGACUUGUCCAUGGUGGAUGACAGCUAUGUUGAGGACACACUGCCACAGCAAAGCUCAGCCAUGGCCGCCAAUGAAGCCUCCAAGCUUCCCCCUGUGCUGGCAAACCUCAUGGUUAACUUGAGCAGCAGCUCCCGCAGCCCUCAAGCCACAAGUACUGUCUCCAACCCCGUGACCCCCACUGUGAAUGUACAGGAGCUGCUUUCCUCGAUAAUGGGUGCUCAGGGUAACCAGUCUACAGAAGAACUCAUCAAGCAGCCAGACUUCUCUGAGAAGAUUAAGCAGUUGCUGGGCUCCUUACAGCAGAGCCAGAACCAAAAUCAAAAUGGACCUCCACCAGUCAAUCCAGGCUUGCUGGGCCAUGGCCCAGGAAUGAACAACAUGCACAUGCAGAUGCCCAUGAACAGCUACCCACCCAACAACCCACCUGGAGGUCCUCGCUUCAACCACCCACCUCCACCCCACAAUCAUGGACCACAUUUCAAUGCUGGUGGUGGCCCUCGCAUGAUGGGGCCACCACCAAACCAAGGUCGUGGGGAAAACGGCAACUACUGGGGAGAUGAAUCCAUGAGAGGAGGGCCCCAUCGAGGAGGUCACUUUCAUCGAGGAGGUCGGGGUCGAGGGGUUGACCAAGGCUUCAGGGGCCGAGGCCGAGGAGGUCCUAGAGGAGGACUCAACAACAUGAAUGGUACAUGCUCUUCAAGAGACAAGUGCUGGCAGAGACACAGGGGUUACACACAUCAUACACAUAGAGAAUUUAUUACAGAAAUAGUGGCAGAGAUGAGGUGGUUUCCUACAUGCUUUUUGCCAAACUCAGACCAAGAUUAUUUAUUUAUUUUUAUUUUUAUAAAGUGCCUUUGUGUGUGAUGAUCUUGAAGCAACAUGGAAAUGUUUUCCUAUCUCCUAAAACGUAUAAAUGGGUAUGUCAUUGGCUUCUCUCACUCUGUAUUAUCACUCAAUUUAACAUCUGUUGACAAUAUUUGCUGAACAGGUGCUGACGUGUGUUUGUUUCUCUGGCUUUUAGGAUUGACUGUGUUUAGGAAGUGCUUUAUAAAUAAAUUAUAUGUAUGCACAUACGUGCCUCAUAUAUAAAUGAAUUAAUGACUUGUAUAAUUUAUUUAUAAAGCACUUAAAAUAUAUAUAUAUAUAUAUGUGUGGUAUAACAGGGCCCAUAAAACACUGCACAACAUAAAAGGCAUAUUAAAAUAAAUUAAAUUAUAAAGUACAAAUGAGGACAUCAGAACAUAAAACCUUACUUCCCGGCACUCAAAGGUUAUGCCUUAGGAAUGAAGGUAAGUCUUAAGCCACCACGCUCAGGUCAUGUUACGAUAUCUUAAGUUAUUUCCCUUUUAAGGUACUUGCAUAAAAUGUUAUGUUCAUGUGUUGCAUAUCAAAAUGUUCAGAACAAUCUGUUUUUUUGAAUGUGAGACAUUUGUCUAAAAUAUUGUGUAAAAGAUAAUUUGGCUCUAAAGCUGAAAAUGUCUUUAGAAAUUCUUCACAUCUUUGAGAAUACACUUUAUCUCAAUAUGGACAACAUGUCUUGGUGUUAGAAAUGGAUUUACCAAAGUCUUUGGCUCACAAAAGUUAUGUAAUAUCAGAUUUUAGAUCACUGUAUAAUAAAUUCUGGACAACAAAAA